AUGUCACAAAAUACCUUAAUUUCAAGGCUGUUGAUGGAAGCUAUGUGUACAACAAAGGAAAGGUUCACAAAAAAGUUCUUCAUUUAUGUUCAAGACUACGAUGAUAAUGAUCCAAAAUCAAAAGAAGGGUUGGAUCUUAAUAAAGUUCCAGCAAAAGAUGUUAUUUCGAAAAAAUAUGGACUAGAUGAUAAUACAGUUGAUUUUAUUGGACAUGCAUUGGCACUUUAUAGGGAUGACUCUUAUUUGGAUCAACCAGCUAUAGAUUUUAUCAAGAGAGUUAAGCUAUAUGCAGAGUCAUUAGCUAGGUUUGCAGGAGGUUCUCCAUAUAUCUACCCUCUCUAUGGACUAGGAGAAUUACCUCAGGCAUUUACAUUUUGUGAAGGCCUUCCUGCCUGUAUUUACUCAUGUUUGACACAUUGUAUAUUCUUCAUCUGGAGCUAGGUGCACUACUUUACAUUUUACACACCAACCUAACACCCAUGAGCAAGAGGGACAAUAGGGGUAAUUUGGGGACUACUGUGAAAGUUGAGGCAGGAUCACAAAUAGCAACAAGAUGGACUACUCUACAAGCCUCUUUGUAUACUCAUCACUCGUGUUUAGUAUAUUUAAAACCUCAUUGUCAUUAUUUGUAAUUAGUUGAAACAAUUCGUUAACUUUAUCUAUGGUGCUGUCAUAUUUUUAACAUCUUUGUUUCAGUUUGUAAUAUGUACAUUCCCAACCAUUAGUUGG